AUGACUUAUCAGUACAGUUCUGGGCUUUCCUGGGUGCAGAUGGAGCUGGGCAAGUGUUUCAUGACUUUGAUAAAUCAGCUGGCUGGUGUAGGAAGGUAUCGAAAAUGCCUGCGGUGUGGCCAAAAAUUGGAGCCACCAGCAUUCCUGCCAGAGCUUCUUGACACGCCUGAAAGAAUCUUAAACAAUGCCACAUUCUUCAAUGGAGUCUUUCAAAAUGUGGAAAGUGUUGCAUUGUUUUUUGACUGCCUGGGUUCUCACUUCACCUGGUUACAGUCCAUCUUCACUAACUUCCCUGCCCUGCUCAACUUUGUGAACAAAAUGAAGUGUGUUACCGGUUUAUGUCCCAGGGAUUUUGAAGACUAUGGUUGCUCUUGCCGCUUUGAGAUGGAGGGGUUCCCCGUGGAUGAAGCUGAUGACUGCUGUUUUCAGCACCGCAAAUGCUAUGAGGAAGCAGUGGAGAUAGACUGCACAUGGGAUCCAUCAAAGAUUUCUACAGAUGUCAGCUGCUCUACUGAAAACUUGACAUGUGAGUUUGGGGAUCCCUGUGAACAGUUCCUUUGCAACUGUGACAAAGAUGCCAUUGAAUGUUUUGUGAAUGCACAUAUUAACUCUUCCUUGAAUGGGCUGGAUGUCUCCUUCUGUCUAUCUCUGGUUACAGAAACCACCAGCAAGAGAGUGAUGACAACACCUCACAUGGAAGAUCUCCUUCUUCAUGGGACUGACAAAACAGAGGCUGUGACUGCAUCCCUAGAAGAAGUGAUUUCUUUUGAGCCCACUGAGAUUGUCCUAGGGACUUCCAAAGAUAGAGUUACCACGAAGGACCACAAAGGCACAGCUCCAUCUCCUCCCAUCAUCUCACUAAAAGAAGAGGAUGGAUUUAUGGAAGCUGUGGUCCCAGUGGAAGAGAUAACCACCUCCCCAGCCCCAUUCCCAGGAGAUACUAACUCAAUGCAAGUCAAAAUUGUCCCCACUGCAAAGAUUCUUACAGCCACAUCUACAAGGGCAAAAGAAAAAGUCUUAUCUAUGUGUAUGUCAUCUGUAGAAACAAGCCCUGCAAGUGGUAGCCGGAGCACAACUUCCUCUGGAAUAGGUCUCAAACUAGUGCAGUCUGAUAGGGGACCAAAUGAACCUGCAGGAAAAGUAUGUGAGCGAUUAACCUUUCUUCAAGAGAGAGGCAAUGGAAGAGAGAAGAGGGAGCUGCCCCAGCUAGGAGAAAUGCUGUUCUGUUUAACCGAGCGAUGCCCAGAGGACUUUGAGUCUUACGGUUGCUACUGUGGCCAAGAAGGAAGAGGUUAUCCUACUGAUGCUCUGGACAGGUGCUGCUUCUCUCAUCAUUGUUGUAUGGAACAAGUUAAGAAACUUGGAUGUGCUGCAGAAAGAAGUUCAAGAUCUGAAGUUGUUUGUUUUGAUCAUAAGCCAAAAUGUAUUGGUUGGACCAUCUGUGAGAAACUACUAUGUGUUUGUGAUAAAACAACAGCUGAAUGCAUGGCUUCUGCCUUCUUCAAUGAAAGCCUUAAGUUUCCACACAGGCAUGAGUGCCAAGGGGAGAAAAUCUCAUGCCCAAAAGAUCCUUAUGAGAGGCCUUCAGUGGGCACAGAAAUAGGCACCGAGAUUUCCAGCUCCGAGGAGAGCAGUGAGGAGGAAGGUCCACUACUGAGUGUAUUAAGAAGAGCAAAGAGAGAGACACUCCGAGCCGCUGGAAACCCCAGAACUGUGCAACAUGGAGGCAGAUAACCAACCGCACCGUGUGCACCUGAGAAACGGCACCGAGACUUUC